AUGUUCAAGACAGCUCUCGGCUACUUUUUCCUCCAACUUUCCCUCACCGGACUGGUCAUCAACCUGACCGUUCUGGUCCCUCUCGUUCGGUUGACGUUCCGGAUCGACAAGAAUGCGAUGAAUAUGAUCGCGACGUUCACGGUCCUCAAAGACAUUCUCAACUUGCUCGUCAACAUUUGCUACUUUUCUCCAGCAAUUGUCACCGAUGCAAGUUGCCAUUUCACAGUGUAUCAUCAUAAGAUUCCCAUUGCAGAGUUACCUAGUCUCGGACCGUGCCGAUUCCUUCCCUGUGUUUAUCAUUUCGGGUGUGGGCCACUUCACCUGGUACAUGACUGUUUUCAUAAUGCUGAUGAUGGCGCUGAACCGAGUGCUUAUUGUUGUUUUCGAAAAGACAGCUGUUCUCACGAAAGCCCACGUCCUCUUCUAUUUCUCGAUAACAACAGUGCUCUCCAUCUCCAGAAUCCUAUUAGAUCAGUUCGCGAUUCCGUGUUGCAUGUAAGUAUUGUCUAUUUGUAAGUGGUUUUAUAAUAAUCUUACAUCAGGACGGUUCUGGAUCAGGCACAGUUCGGAUACGUCUACCUGAACCCGGAAAGCCAGCAGAACUUGUCCGAGAUCAUAGACGCACAAAUCACAAUUGUCAUGUUCUCAAUUGUUCUCAUAUGCUACGCUAUAGUAUGCAUGGAAAAACGAAUUCGCUUUGUAACAUACAUCUUUAGGUUUUCGUGGCGAUCUACAAAGCGAACAAGACGAUUAUAUCCUCAGUCGACUCGAAGCAUCAGCAGAAAAUCAGAAAUCGCGAGCGCUCGCUCACCGUCCAAUUCGCCUACAUUUCCCUAUUUUUCAUGUUGUCUACGCCUCAUUCAAACUGA